AUGGUCCCUGUGGUGCUCUCGAUCCUUUGGCUCUUCAUCGCUGCCAGCCGCGGGGAGAUCUUCGAACCUGCCAAAGAGGCACACGUUGAGUUAGAGAAGAAAGCGUUCUUCCCCGCCUAUCCUCCCUACGAAGAAGUGGUACCGCAAGAACAAGUGAUCGCCGUUACGCCAGAAACUGUGUACAGGUACACCAAGGAGGAGGUUCCAGUGGUUAUCAAGGCACCUGGACUUGAAAAUGGAGGUGAACAGAUCGCGCAUAACAACGGAUAUAGUGGAGUGUUUAUUCCUGAGCAGACCUACAAACCUCAACACCAAGUGACUACCCACAGGCCAGAGCAGGUAACUGUUCUCCAUCACGUGACUACGCAUAGACCGGAGUACCAUCACGAACCAUCACGUAGACCAGAACAGCACCAUGGGCCGACACAUAUACCAGAGCACCACCAUGAGUCAUCACGUAGACCAGAACAGCUCCACGAGCCAACACAUAGACCAGAGCACCACCACGAACCAUCUCAUAGACCAGAAUAUCACCACGAACCAUCCCACAGGCCCGAAUAUCAUCACGAACCUUCUUACAGGCCCGAGUAUGAGCAGAUUCCUGAGCACAAGGUUUACCAUCACGCGCAGCAUCAACCAGAACCCAUUGAGUACCAUCACAAACAUCGUGAGUCCUUGCAACACCAUAAACAGUAUGACGAAAGUCACAAACACAAGAAUCACGAGUUCAGAGAACCUCUGGACAAGUACCCGCUCAAGUACUUCUACAAGAAAGACUUCAAAGAGAAACUUAAGGAAGCCGUGAAGGAGAAGAUCCUUGAAUUGCUGAAGAAGAAAGUGGAAUAUAAGAAAGAGAAGUUAUUGCAUAAGAUCUUCCAUGAAGAUGAUCAUGAUCACCAUGAUCACCAUGAUCAUCACCAUCACUACGACAAGGGAGAUGAGUUCAAAAAGUGGGUGAAGGCGUUAGCUGUGAAGGUAAGUAAAAAGAUGCAGCUCUUCACCAGUCCGGCAAGGUUCACAUUCGUUCACCUCCUUGCUAUGAGCCAGAUAUUUGAUAAGAUGUUAAGGUUCAAAUACUUAGAACAAAAAAUGUCUCUAGACAAAAUUCUGGCAUAG